AUGCAAGAUUGUCUCAAUGAGCUCCGAGAUGCGGUUGCUAGCCGGAAUGCCAGUCUAGCUGACCAAUUACCACCUCGAUACUCGGCAAUAUACGAAACUAGUACCAAUGAGCGCACCGAUAUAGGCGUUUUCGAAGAACAGUUGGGGAAGAAGAUAGACGAGAAUGAGGGGAGCAGCUUCAUGGCGGAUUACCUUGCCAAAAUAAAUGAAAUUAAAGCGGGAAUAGGUCGUAUACAUGAGGGGGCUGAACAUUUGGACCAUCUGAAGAAUAAAUUGAAACAAACUCCUACUCCUGAUGAGGAAAAAGCUAUCAACAAUGAGAUUCAAAAGGUGCUAGGGGAGAAUAAUCGCGCCAUCAUGGCCACUAAGGCCGAGUUGGAGAGCUUACGGCACGAAAAUGAUUUAUUUCAUUCGAAGCAACCAAGCUCUAGCGAGACUAAGAUUAGAGAAAAUAUCCAUGCGGCUAUAACUCGCAAAUUCCGCGUUCUGUUGACAGAAUACCAGACUAUUCAAACGGCUUACAAAAAGUCGGUUCGAGACAAAAUCGAGCGCCAGGUUAAGAUUGCAUACCCUGAUGUAUCUGAGUUUGAGCUAACGGAGAUAUUGGAGGGUGCAGAUUCUACCGUAGCUCAGCAGCAAAUAUUUGCCAGAAUCACUGGGGCGCAUGAAUCGUUGAACUAUGCAUAUCGAGACAUUCAAGAUAAGCAUCGAGACGUUAAACGAUUGGAACAAAGUGUCGUGGAACUGCAUCAGAUGUUCGUGGACUUGGCUACUUUGGUGGAUAGACAGGGUGAGAAAUUGGAUCUGAUAGCUUACGCCGUUAACAACGCGGCUGACUAUACGGAGAAAGCAGACAAGGAUCUAAUUGUUGCCCAGCAGAUACAAAGCAAGCGGAAGAAGUGGGGAUGCUACAUCUCUUGUUGUUUGAUCAUAGUAGUGAUAAUUGUGGUUCUUCCUAUUAUUGUGUACGUAGCUAAGUAG